ACGAAGCAUGAGCAUGUCACAGUGCACCCCAUAAACACAAUCAAACAGCUGGUUUACUACCCCUUUACGACACCCAAAAUUCAACCUGCUGUUUGAUUGAUUUCAUUUGAGAUUCUAAUGGAUAUUUCUGGUCUAAACUGUAUUUGGGCAGCUGUUCAAAAGAGCUGCAACUUAUAAACGUUCAAAAUCACUUUCAUGCACGGUAGAGCCAUAAAGGCAAGCGGUCAUAAUGCUCUUCCGCUAAUGCAUAACAACCUAAGAGCAUGUUAAGUAGAUUGAAGCCCUCAUGUUGGGAUUCCUUAUGAUAGCUUUCAUAGAUGUUUUGCAUGCUGAGGAUAGACAUUACUAGAGAAGUUUAUAUUUGGACCAUAGUCUAUAGCAUUUUAAAUUUUCAGCCACUUUUAAUAACUUGCAGAUGGCUUGUGAUACUAAUACAUUAUACAAUAUAAUAUCUAACAAUUCAGUAAUGCAUGUUUAAAUGUUUAAAACAUUAUAUAGCUACUGGUUUGCAUGCAUACAGUAAUAUAUGUUAUAUAAUGUUGACUUAUUAAGUUACUUUAAAGUGUUGUUGUUGUUGUCCUUUAUAGUGUUAUGCAGAUAAUGAUGAUAAAGCGAAAUGUUACUUUGUAUCAAAUGAGAGAUGAGAGGGUGAUGGAAUGGCAGGAGAAAGGAGCCGCUGACCUGACCUGCUAAUAAAAAUGCUCACUUAUUAUGGCUGGCUCAUCAUUGUGCAUUAUUGCUAUAGAGAGAGAAGAGGGAGUGUCCAUGUUGUGAGAUGAGAUUCGCUCUGUACUUCUUAUGGAUGAUAAGGUCUGGGGAUGACCACGACUCGCUUGUCUUUGGAGACCAAAGCCACAAGAGGUUUCUAUCUGGUUGUUAUGGAUUUACACAUAUGAGGACAUAACUUUGGGAUUUUCAAAUAGUGAUUUUUCAAUGUGUUUAUUUAUUUAUUUGCGAAAGCAAAACUUUGUGGUUAACAAUUAAGUUUUGAUGUCUAUCUGCAUCAGUCAGUGGUUUUAGUGUUUUGGGAAUCGCUUCGGGAAUGGACCCUGGAAUAUUGAGGAACUUGUUGCUAUAGAGUAAUCGGAAGAAACAUGCAAACCAAAAUGAUGAAAACACAGAGAAAAAAAUAGCUCUGAAAAUCGCUUACUGAAAUUCAGCAUGACCUCUUGACCUUAUCCGAAAGAAAUUCGGUAACUUCCAGAGAUGGCCAUUCAGGGCAUGGAACUGUUUGCAGUAGCUGUAGUGAUGCUUCUGUUUUUUAUAAUGCUUAAACAGUUUGGCAUCUGGGAGCCACUGGGAUUAGAUGAGAGUUUUGACUGUGAUCUGGAGUUGUCCAUGGUGAGACAUCAGCCCGAGGGUCUCGACCAGUUGCAAGCUCAGACCAAGUUCACAAGGAAGGAGCUUCAGUCGCUGUACAGAGGCUUUAAAAACGAGUGCCCCAGUGGAUUGGUGGAUGAGGAGACCUUUAAAUCGAUCUAUUCCCAGUUCUUCCCUCAAGGAGAUGCAACCACAUAUGCACAUUUCCUUUUCAAUGCAUUCGACAUGGACCGAAAUGGCUCAAUACGCUUUGAGGACUUUGUAAUUGGCCUCUCUGUUCUACUUCGAGGCUCUGUGACAGAGAAACUGAGAUGGGCCUUUAACCUGUACGAUAUAAAUAAAGAUGGAUACAUCACUAGAGAAGAAAUGCUGGCUAUCAUAAAGUCCAUUUAUGAUUUGAUGGGCAGCUACACGUAUCCCAGUGUAAGAGAGUAUGCUGCAUUUGAACAUGUGGAGAUAUUCUUCCAGAAGAUGGACCGAAAUCGAGAUGGCCUGGUCACUAUUGAUGAAUUCAUAGAGACGUGUCAGAGGGACGAGAACAUUAUGAGCUCCAUGCAGCUGUUUGAGAAUGUCAUCUAAAGCUCUGCGUGAAGUCUGGGAAUGAUCCUUGUUUCUUUUCCACAUCAGAUCUCAGCAUCGCUCUAUUAUUCCUCAACUGCUCCACGGGGACUCUUCAGAUUUGUUCCUAACACAUCGUCUGUUGCAUGUGCAUUCCACUUUGAUUGAUCGAAUUGAAUGUUAUAUGAGACAUCUGCGAAUAUGUCUACGCUGAUUCUUAAAGCUGUAAUCUGUAACUGUUUGCGUUAAAAAUAAAAAAUAUUGAAGAGCUCAGAUGCAAAAACGUCUGUGUCUGCUUUUAUAUCAGAUUCUUAAUGGAUUCUGCCAAAAAAAGGGUAUUACUGAAAUACCUGAAGUUAUGAUUACGUGUAUCUGAAUCGAAAGUAUUGGAUGAACGUAUAAUACGUGCCGAGAGCAUUCGGUUAAUUUCAUGAUCUCAUGUGGCGCUUAGCGGCUUUUGCAUCUGAGCUCCUCAAUAAUUGAGCAACCGCAUAAACAAUCAGUUUUGAGUCUCCUAACCUUACCGUGAUUCACUACGGUAAGUUUACAAUAAUGAUUUAUAAAUUGAUCUGUUAAAGAGGCAAAAGUGGCAGAUUGCAGCUUUAUAGCGACACUUGACUUUUUUUGAAAAUAUGCUUAUUUUCCAGCUCAGUUAAACAUUUGAUUUUUACCUUUUUAGAAUCUAUUUAGCUGAUAUGACCGUCAUGAUCGGGUCUGGCGCUAGCACUUUUAGCAUAGUUUAGGAUAAUCCAUUGAAUCUGAUUAGACCAUUAGCAUCACGCUUAAAAAUAACCAGAGUUUCAAAAAUGUUUAUGAAAUGAUAUUACGCACUGCCCGAAAAUAGUCCCCUGCUAUUGAAAGUUACCAAGGGGACUAUUUUCGGGCAGUGCGUAAUAUCAUUGAGCCUCAUGCAGCCAUGUUACAACAGCAAAGUCCUUGAUUAUUACGCCAGAAUCAGAGUAUAGUUCCUAGACAUAUCUGUUUAGAAAAUCCCAACUUUUAAUUUUCUGUCAGUCUUAGUAGACGAUGUAACUACAGAAGAGUCAAGUUUUAAAGGUGACAUAGAAUGAUUGAACGGAGUAUUUAUCCUUGUUCUGUGAUGUGACAUGUAGACAAAAAAUUUUUUGUUUGGGUCUGUAAUGCCUUAGAAGCUUCCUAAAAACCUGUCUCAGAAAGCUCUAGGGUGGGGGAUUUUAAACAAGUGGUUUUGCACAUAUUUGGCUCCCCCUACUGGCUUAACUUGCAAUCUCAUUACUGAUUGGCUGACUUUGCUGCCACUCAAAAAUGUAGCCAAUUAUUUUAAAGUGUGGAGAGGCAGUUAGAUGCCUGUGAUGUCAUAAGCAUCAGUUUUUCAGAUUGGGCUGUUUUCUGGCUGACAUUUCUAAAAGAGGAAUUUCUAUGAGACUGAGAUGUUUAGCACUUUUUGUAUGUUUGUGAAUGUGGGUAGACUACCAUUAUUCAACAAAGACAAGG